AUGCACGGGGAUCUCUCGCUGCUGACGCUCGCAGACGAGGACCAGGAUGUGCCAGAGGUGACACCCGUGCCCAUGGAGGACCUCGCAGCACUGCGCCAAUGGGUCCUCUCUGUGGCGUGCAUCAACUUUGACCUCGAGCUCGGGCCCGACGUCGAGUUUUUGUACCCACCCCUGGAGAUUAGCAAGGAGGAGAAGGACAAUAUUGCCUUCUCUUCGUUCCCUGAUACAUCCGUCUUUAGUGAUGGCAGUCUCGUAUUUUCGUGGCGUGUGCGCGAGGUGCCUCUCGAGGCGUCGUCGGCCGCUGCGCCCCACAUCCCCGACAUGGCUGACAAGUCGCAGAUGCUUGCGCGCCGCUUCUCGCGCCGCCUUAAGCGCCACCUGUCCAUCCGCAGUGCUACGGAGAGCCCUAAUCCUGAGACUGCAGCCCCAAUGCCCCUCGCACCAACGCACAGCAGCCGCAGCACCUCGUAUCUGUACGGCUACACCUUCUUUCUCCAGCGGCGGGACGCGACCAACCGGCGCGGCUACUUCCAAAAGUCCCUUGUGAUUCUGACCCACCUUCCCUACGUCUCUCUCUUCACUGAACUCGUCGCGCGCCUCGGCCCGUCGUUCUUUGCGCACGGACCCACAGUCCUCGAGCUUGUCGUGCGCGAUAUUGUGCAAUGGCCAGCGCCGCGGCCGGGCGCCGCGCUCGAGCUCCCGCUCAUGGGCACACUCAUGCAUGUACUGCUCCCGCACGGGCAUGAACCGCAGCGCAGCGAUGGCAUGCGCACUGGCGAGCACGCCAUGGCGCCCCUGCUGGCAUCGGUGCCGCAGUCGUCGAUGCUCGAUGUGUUCUGCGAGGUGCUGCCGGACCUAUGGCGCCUGUGGGAGUGCCUUCUCCUCGCUGAGCCGCUCCUUGUCGUUGGCCAUGAUCCUCGCACGACAAGUGAGGCCAUCUGGCAUCUCGUCGACCUCAUCCGCCCUGUUCCGUGGGCCGGCGACUUUCGCCCGUUUUUUCACAUACACGACUACGACUUUCGCGCGUUCGUGGGCCGCGCGACACCACCAAGUGGUGCGCUGCUUGGCACAACCAACCCCUUUUUCCUGCAGACGUGCGCACACUGGCCGCACAAGUUGCACCUCGGGCAGCGGCUCGAGGCGCGCCACGGACACACGGCCGCGCGCACCGCGCCUUGCUUCGUGUCAACGCGAAAGCGGCGCAUCAGCAAGGACCGCGAGCUGCUCCGGCGCCUGCUCCAGUGGCGCGACGUGCCCAGCGAGCAUGCGCGGGCCACGGCCGCGGUGCGUCGCCACUUUGCCGAUGUAACGGAACGCUUCCUUGCGCCGCUCCACCAGUACAUGGCGACACUCAUUCCCACGCACUUUGACCUAUCGUCACCCGCGGAUAUGCCGCCGAUCCAGCCGUUCCACGCCCACUCGUUCCUGCAGUGGCUCAAAACACACCCAGGGCCCUUGCGCAUGCGGCAGCGCUCUCUGACGCCCGCGCACAUGCUGCGGCAGUCGCUGUAUGCCGACUUUCUGCAGUGCCCCAACUUCUCGCUGUGGCUCCAGAACCGCAUUGCCGCAGCGCAGGAAGAGCAGUGGCAGCGGCGCAUCGCCGCGCUUGCGGCCGGCGACGUCAUUGCGUUCGGGCGCACGCGCUCCGAGAUCGAGUCGGUGGAUCUCUAUUUACGGCUGCGCGACGAGCUGCAGCGCGUGGACGAGGCGCUUGCGCGCCCUCUCACGCCCGAGCUGAGUGAGCGCUGGCAGGCGCCGUCGCCCGACAAGGCGCCGCGCCGCACGAGCAGGGCAGCCGAGCCAUCACCGCGCGGCCUGCAGCACCAGCGCCAGCGCCUGACAGAGCAGAUGGCGCGCCUGCUCGAUAUGAUGCCGGCCGACCUGCGCAUCGGCCUGUCCAAGUAG